AUGGCCCGAACAUCUUUCCAUUUUCCCGAGGCAUGCCUCUUGGUGCUAGCUCUUGCUUCUUGCGCUACAUCCCUCGUCGCGACGACUCCUCCGAAUGCGCCCAAGACCUUCUGCCCUAUCUUCUACCCCGAAGCCCAGCCGCCGACCGAUUGCGAACCGAAGCAGCCCACGACCUUUCUUGCAGCCCCGCGAGCUGCGAGGAAGUCUUCUGCUGAUAUAACCAAGACGAAAGAUGAACCACUUGAGGCUGCUUUUGAGGCCUUGACGGUUAUGCAACAUGAUUUCUUUAUACCGGAUCAGGGAACCUGGCCCGAAGCCAUUGACUGGACUGCCGCCGUCAUGGAGACAAUGCUCUCUGGUACUUUGACUUCGCUUUCGCAGGCCUUGGCUGUGCUUGAUAUUGGGGGCCACAGUGACAAGGGCGCCAAGAGGAACCUGAUCGAUACAUUCUUCACACAACUUGUGGCCUCCUACUUCGGCCAGGACGACGUCGCAAUCCGGCACCAGGCAUUCGACGACAUUCUCUGGGUUGUCCUCGGCUGGAUUGAUGCCCUCAAGUUUAUCGACAUCCAUUCUGAACUAUUCUACCCUCGGGAGGGUCUCAAUGAGAGCGCAACCCCGGGCCUUGGAGACGCAUUGGCUAAUGGUCCCUGGCAUGGCCAAUACUGGAUCCCCUCAUUUGCUCACCGCGCACGCAUCUUUUGGGACCUCGGAUCAAAGGGAUGGGAUACGCGCCUCUGCGGCGGUGGCAUGAACUGGAACCCAAGACUGGAACCGUACAAGAACGCCAUCACCAACGAGCUAUGGAUCGCGGCCUCGAUCUCGAUGUAUCUUUGGUUCCCAGGUGACAACAACACCACACCAUGGAUCAACAGCGCAAGUGGCGUUAAAGCCACUCGAGAGCCCAAGUACCUUGCCGCUGCCAUUGAAGGUUAUAAAUGGAUAACCGAGGUCAACAUGACCAACAACGCUGGCCUCUACGUUGAUGGAUUUCAUGUGGACAGGUCCAAGCAGGACAACACCAAGUGCGAUCUUCGCAGUGAAGCCGUCUUUACCUACAAUCAGGGUGUUCUGCUUACCGGCCAGCGUGGUCUCUUUACCGCAACGGGCAGCGCAUCGUAUUUGGAAGACGGACACAAGCUAAUCCAGGCGGUUAUCAAGGCUUCGGGUUGGGACUUGAAGCUUGACCAGCCAGUCGACGACCUAUCGGACCUCCCUCCUGGUUACUUGCCUCCCUGGAGAGGACUGGGCCGUGGCGGCAUCUUAGAGGAGUCAUGCGACGCCAGCGCAACUUGCUCGCAGGAUGGACAGACUUUCAAGGGUAUUUUCUUCCACCACUUCGUUACGUUCUGCCAACCCAUUGAUCCGGCCAUUGUUGAGCCUGGCAUGACUGUCAAUGCUCAGGCGUACGACCAGAUUAAGACAGCCCACGCAUCGGCCUGUCAAGCCUACCUGAGCUGGGUACAGCACAACGCCCAAUCGGCUUUGUUGACCAGAGAUCGAGAGGGCCGAUUUGGCACUUGGUGGGGAGCGGGCGUAUUCCAGAAUGCGUUACCGACGUUGGAGACGGACGGCAUUCCCCACAACGCGCCAAAUGUGACCGACUACCGCAACUACGGUCUCCCGCACGACGGCAUAUGGGCCAACGGCAACCCGGACACGGUGUGGGCUCCGAACGGCGAAGCACGCAAGAACCGAACAAGGAGUUACGUGUUGGUUGGUGGUCAGGAGCAAUCCGGACAACAGGUUCUUGGCGGCUUAAGUACACAGGGACCACGCGAAGAGGACGGCGACGGAGACGGCUUCGAACGGCGAGCGCAGACGGCGCCGACGGCAGCGAGCGGCGAUCCGAACGACCGUGGACGGGGUAGGACCCCGGAGACGCAGAACGGCGGCAUGGCCUUGAUGCGGGCUUGGUGGGAGCUUGUAGUGGCCUCCAACGGAACGUACGCGCAGCAGCUACAGCAGCCCGCGAGGCGAAGAUGA